UAAAAGGUGAGUUUCAUAGCCGAUCAGACGCACCGAUUGAGAUGGCAAUAAAUUUCACCUGCUUGCAGAGGUACAAAUAAAGAAUGGGGGCGGGRGGUCUGGCUGAUGUAAGUGCAAUACAGAAGUAAUCAAUUCAAGUCGAAAUUCUUGGCAAGCUUCUAAUAACAUUUAUGUAUAUGCUGGCUCAAUUCAAGAGGUACCCCAAAUUUGGCUUUAUUAUGUUCACCAYUUUCCAUACAUUUGUUCACUGACCAAACAUAAAGCCAUUAAUCGAAGCUGUGAGGUUCAAAUCUUAAUCGAAUCUUUUGAAAUUAUCGUGCAGGUUCUGUUCAAUGCUUUGUGUGUCAUGACCAGUGAGCCGAUGGAUCUAGAAGGUGGUGGAUAUUCCUUGAAAAGUAGGAAGGACAUUACCAGGAUAAAGCGGUGAAAACUUGCUCAAAGAUCUAGAGAUCGAAGGUUUUAGAUCCGGAAUUCGAAUAUUCAUUUGACGAAAGCGGRCCAGGAUUUGAAUCUUUUAGUAGCACAAAGUUCAUCAUUUUGACUCCAAGUUUCCUCCCCCUGAACACGAUUGUAGUCAACAUGGACGAAUUAGCAAGGAUAGGUCUUCUCGCUUCUUUCUCUUUGGUAAUAACCAUGGGUUUAAUUGGAAACUCUUUAGUUAUCUUAAUCAUCGCAAGAAAUAAAUUCCUGAGACGAACCAAGCCGAUUAACAUUGUUCUCCUGAACCUUGCGAUCGCAGAUUCAACUGUACUCAUAUUCCUUGCUCCAAGGCAUAUAUUUUUUGGUUUGAUCGACCCGCAUCCUACUGGAACUGCAGGCGAUAUGCUUUGCAAGUUUAUUACGGGAGGGAACAUCGCAUGGAUAGGUGCUAUCACCUCGAUCUGCUCACUCCUGAUCAUCGCGGCAGAGAGGUACUAUGCUGUUUGCUUGCCUCAUCAGUAUUCCAGGAAAUUUUCUCGUCAACUUGUGCGCAACUUAUCGUUCAUUGCGUGGUUUUACGGAUUUGUUUUCUGUUUACCACUUUUUUUCGUGGUUCGAUACAACAAACAGAUCAACUUUUGCUUCGAAGAUUGGGGAUCGAAAACUGUUUCGCAAGGCUAUGCAGUACUUUGGGUGUUCACCGCCGGGGUAAUCCCUGCAUUUAUAAUGAUUUAUUUUUAUUCUAAUGUUAUCUUUGAUCUUUGGAUCAAGAAAGGAGAAGCGAGACAAGGAAAACUCAUGAUUCGUCAAGUCAGGCAGAAAACACGUAAACGAGUCAGCAAAGCUCUUUUCGUCAUCAGUUUUCUGUACUGCGCAAGUUGGUUUCCACCUCUGACCAAUUACAUUCUUGUUUACUUUGARACUAGUCAUGGAUUUAGUAAUGUCGCUUAUCUUGCGUCCGUCGUCAUGGUAGCCUUUAACUCGUCUGUUAAUCCGGUAAUUUACGCUUUUUACAGCGGGCUUUUUAGAAAACACUUGAAGAAUUUAAUCAUCCAAGUUUUAGUGCCGAGAAAAAUUAAUGCACUCAGUGACCAAGCGCAACCAGCUUCGGCUACAAAUGGAUUGACUGCUAAUUAUAACGUUAACGAUGUCCACGCUAUACCUACGGUGAAGACCUUGAAGUUCUCAGAUAUACUUAUUGCAGAGAACAGCCAGUUUAAAGAUGAUAUUCAGAAAAAUGACGAGAAUAAUAUGAAUGAUCGAAGCACUCCUGUGGGGUUGAUGCCUCUGCAUUGAUUAAAUUGAUCAUUAUGAAACCUCCUUGAAUUUAAUUCACGUUUUCAAGGGCACUUAAAGCUCUUGAAUUUUACGAUUUUAGCAAAACUCCUUGAAAACUCCUUGAAUUUUUGCUUUGAUCAUUACUUGCAUGGUUCUGAAAUAGAUUUAGUCAGAAAUAUCGGAAAAUCUUAAAAUCAGCCAUGUGCAACCACCGUGUAAAACCUUGGCAUAGUUAGCUGAACAUACUCCUUGAAAAUUCAUUUUUGGGUCCUUGUAUACUCCUUGAAUAGUCCUUGAAUUUUAAGUCGUUACCUCAGCACGAACGGCCCUGUUGAAAUAUAACGCGCGCGUGUUUAUAUCAGAGGACAGAGACACGCUCGUGCAAMARCAAGCUUUGAAUCCUAAGCUUGCUUCUCUCUUGCUCUACAGCUGCCCAGCGUGACACGAGUGAAAAACGYCUGCGCAUGCUCUG